AUGUCUUUCAACGCCGUUGCAUCUCAGAUUUGCAUUCGUCUCCUCAUCUUCUUUCUCGCCCUCACUUGGCUGUCUAUAGCUGGCCUCAGGUCAGCGCUCGCUCACUCUGCGGUCGUUCUGCGAGAUCGCGCGAGAUCAGACCGUACCAAGGGCUCCAUGCUUUCCAUUACGUUUGAAAAUGUGAUGACCGAUGUCUUCAAGAGCAUGGUAAUCUUGGCUCUCCUUUCGGCUUUAUUCUCAACUUUUGGGGGCAUGCUCCUGAUCCACCCGCGACUCUUACAGGAGAAUAGCAAUGCCCACUAUCCUGUUGGCUGCUUUCACUUCAUUUUGAGCCUGGCAGUCCUCUCUGUCGGAGGGGUUCAACGAUAA